ACAGGAAAUGUAAAUGUUCGGGUGAAGCGGGGAGCCUGCCAAAGAAGCACCCCUCGGGUGGCAGCGCCGCCAAGGUAACAUGCGAAAGCAAAACCUCAUCGCCCUGCUUUCUGCCCUGUCCCUGGCCGGAGGAUCUGCCGGGAACCGCUCUGAAAUUGAUGGUUCAGGAGAUGGAUUACUGAUAUUAUCCACCGUUACAGCAACGCCGCCUCCUGCUACGCGUUCUUCGACCGCAGAUGAUCACGAGCCAGUACUUGUCACUACAAGCGCUACUGAAAGCAGCUUUGAAACAAAAAGUACUGAACUGAAUUCCACGAACAAUCAGGACAGCCUAGAAGCAGCAGAACAGUCUAUCUUGAUAUAUAUUGUCCCUGCCGUGCUGCUGGUCCUGCUGAUUUUGCUGAUCACAUUUUUUGUAAUACAUCAUAAAAGGAAAAAGUCUAAGCAAGAUGAGCUCGGAAGUGAAAAUGUGAAAAGUCCUAUUUUUGAAGAAGACACACCCUCUGUUAUGGAGAUAGAAAUGGAAGAGCUUGAUAAAUGGAUGAACAGCAUGAACAAAAAUGCUGACUGUGAAUGUUUGCCUACUGUAAGAGAAGAAGAAAAAGAAUCAAUUGCCAGCCCAAGUGAUGGUGAAUCAUGAAGUCAGAACAGCAAAGAACUGGUUGAAGGGAAGCAGCACACAAGCUAAUGAUCCUCCAGAUAUUGGAUGAACUGGAUUUAAAUAUAAUUAAUCUCAAAAGGCCAGAGAAGCAAAUGCUUUUGUUGUGUCCAGCUACAUACAGUCUUCAGAAAGGAAACAUCACAAGGGGAAGAAAAAAAGAAAAGAAAAAAAAAAAAGGAAAAGCACUAUAGUAAGAUUAGGGCUUGAUUUAAAUUUGUUCUGCAAUGAGAUUCAUCACAAAUCAACAGAAACUUUUUUUUUUUCCUCUAAAAGUUCUCAAGAUAGUCCAUGUUUCUGUCUAGUUCUUCAGCUGUGUAUCAUGCAGAACCACUUCUGUUCCAAGUUUGGUGGGUUUCUUUGUAUUUUUUGUGGUUUUCUUUUUAAAUAUAAACAGCAUCCAUAAUUCUGGACUACCCUGGUUUGGUGGACGUGCAGCUCGUGCCUACGCCAUGUUUGCUUUUCAAUUUGCUUUUUGGUAACAGUGCACUGAUUUGCACAGGACUUCUGCUGGGGAGGUACCAGACUAGGACCGACAGACCAGCUCUGAGGACAGACAGAGCGGCUGAAAAGGCUCCCAAAGGAUUUGACAGAAGCGACUGCAGCCCCACGAGGGAAUGGUCUUUGUAGCAUGCUUUCUGGUUUUCAAAUUAAAGGCAUUGUAGAAGUGAAAAAUAUUAUUUUGAGAUUGCCUGUGAGUUUGUUAUGUCCACAGAUUAGUACUCUGGGCUAGCUCUCACCUUUUAACCCUCCUCCCUGCCCAGUACUGUUCUCUAAUGACCACCUACUUCAGGAAUAUUCAACAUGAAAACAUUUCUUUCUUAAAAAUAAGAGAGCUUGAAAAAUUGAACAAUUCAGCACCCAGACCAACCACAAGUUUAGAUAGGUAUGUGUUAUGCAUAACUACUUGGUCAAGGUUUUCAGAUGCAGUAAGAUUGCUGCUGCUUCCGUUUUUGAAUAUUGAGCUGGGAAUACCUGAAAGACACUGACUUCUAAAUGUGCCUGCUCACCUUUAAUUACACUGAAAAAAAAAAAAUCAGAGAUUUUUAUCCUGAGAUACCUCAAGGUGGGAAUAUAAAUAUUGUAAUCACAUCUGUUGAUUUGAGGUGGCAUAUCUCUUAUGGUUGUAGUUUAAAUAUGUAACACAGACAUGAAAGUGGCUCCUCGUCUGUGCAAAGCUUCCCCUGCCUUAUUUAAAAUAUUAAAUUCACAUCCUACCAUAUCUUAUAUCCUACCCUAUCAUAUCCUACCUAUCUUCAUCUUUACUCAAAUACAUAAUUUCUUUGCACUUAAUACAUGUUUAAUAUGAUGUUUUGUUUUGCCUGCAAAUACAUCACUAAUAUGUUAUCAUGCAUAACUUGGUUAAAGAGAGCAAACAAACACCCCAAGCCUCUGAGAUGAUGGCUAAGAGUCACUAACAGCUGACAAAUACAGGCCAGGAGAGUUCAGCUUUGAGUAAUUGAAGAUGUGUCAAAAUAUAACAGGAAAAAAAUGUUUACAGCUAACUGUAUUCAUUCAUUUCUGAAUAUGAUUUGACUAGUAAUUUCCCUGAAGAGUAAAAGAUUUCUUCAUUGUUCCAAAACAAUUUAUUGGAAAUGUUGGAUUUAAUAUGAGUGAUAGUAAAUUAAAUUUCCCUGCUUGGAUGAUUUUUAACUUUGGAGAAACGUGUUUUAAGUUCAUCUUUCAAAAAAAAAAAUUUUUUUUAAACAUUUCCACAAGUUCCUGACAGUAAACUCAUUCUCUAGAAUAUUGAUUUAAAAUAAUGCAAUCACAAGGGGAAAAGAAUAAAAGACUGAAAUUUAGAAAAUUAAAAAAAAAAGGAAGUGGGUAUUUGCUGGUAGCAGCUUUGUUAGCAACUUCUCUCCAACAGACAAAGAUGUUGUGCUCAGACUUCCUACAAAGUCUGCAAAGCAGUAACCCAAAACAGAGAAUGUUUUCUUUUAAGGGUACAAGACCAAAAGAUGUAUUUUGGGACCAUUACCACCUGCAUGGUUGGAGGGCAGUCAGUGGUGACCCAGCAGUUUGCAACGCCGGUGUCCAGCAGUGACUCUUACCCCACCUUGCUCCAGCCCAUGCAGCUCCGCAUCCAGCGGCCACCGCCUUCGCCCCAAAGAGAGCUGAAGCAUAGCUGGGACAUGAAGAAUGGGAGUCCUUGCCUUUUUUUAUUUUACUUUACACUUGUCAUCGGUUCCUGGUCAUUUCCUUUUACACACAGUUUAUCUCAAUAUUUUAAUCUUGUAGGUGGAUUGAAUUACAGGGGAUUUAGGUCACUUUACUCCUACAUUAGUACAGCUAAAACGUGGUAAUAUUCCAGUUUAUGAGUAUUACUUUUACACCUUCUGUUGAUGCAUCUUAAUUUUCCCUAAAUGAUGCACGCAGUCAGGUCCUCUAACCCACAAAACAAAAAGAACAACCAGACAGCAGAUAAGAUACUAGCAGAUUUUAAAAAUUAUUUUAAUAUUGCCAUGCACUACGCAGUAUUUAUGCCUCUGCUGUAAUAGCCUCAUCAUCAGCCUUAUCUGAGCUGACCCAUCUCACCAUCAUCUUGCAAUAUCUACCACCAACUGAUAACUCAAGUUAUUAUCCCUCAGUAGAAAUUGAGAAAAAGCAUGCAAACAGAAAGCCACUUGCACUAUGUAUCAUUCUAAAAUGUUUAGCAAAUGUGAUGAUCCCUAAGGAACUGUUACCCCCUCUUCCAUUUUCUUCAACUAUUUCACUAGUUAUCCAGCACUUCUCAAGACAAUUCAUCAUCUAAUUUACAACGUGCGAAGUGUGAGCACCUUUUGUCCUACAGAAGGCAGAAAAGCUAUGGAUCCAAAGGAGGAAUUGUUUGAGAAAUAUGUGGAUAAAAAGAAGAGUAAUUAAGAACCAACAUGUCUCCUACAUUGCUAAAGAUCAGUAUCUCAGAGAAUUUUUCAACAAAAUAGAAAUAACUUCUCCGUAAAGUUACAAACAUAAGGUUACUGGCGUUGCCAGCAGU